CCCCGGUCAGGUUUAGACUCAAAGGUUUCGACAUAAAGUUCCCUGUUUACAUGUGGCGGGGAAGUGCGGAUGGCAAGAGUUGUAUGAGCUUUUCUUGUUUGAGGUAGAUACGAAUGUUUGGAAAUAUCAGUCAAAGGAGGCACUUUAAAUACUAUCCAGCUAGGCGUACAAUAUGGCUGCCUUGCUGCUCAAAGAGAAAAUUCAAGUCGAGACGAACCACGGACCAUGUGAAAUUCACUUGAAUUUUGGCAGUAUUACAAAACUCGAUAAAAAAGAUAAAGUUGACGUACUGGUUGUCUCUGCAUUCCCAGGUGACUAUUCCCCCACACCAACAUCUGUCAUUGGUGCUUUGCAAAGAGACUUAAAGAUAAGUGUGAGGAAUCUAUCUAAGGACAAAGAAGAGGAUCAUAGACGCUUAUUUUCAUGCUGGUGGUCUAAACCUCUGGCAAAGGAGUACAGCUAUGGCAGGAUACUUUGCUUUGAGGGUAGUUUCAAGAAAAACUCAAGACCUCCAAUGGUUGUAGGUGAAGUUUUCAGAUGUCUAAUCUCAAUGUGUAAGGAGAAGGACAUUAAAGUCAUCAUGCCACUUUUAGCUUCUGGAGAUCAGGGUUACAGCCAACAAAUGAUGCUUCGUCUAAUUGUUGAAGCUGCUGUCCAUUGGAUGAAAAUUGGUUUGCCAUUAAAAGUUCUGAAAAUUGUUGUCUACGAUAGAAAUUUAGGUGGUGUUGACAAGCAUCCCUUGUUGUCAUACUUCAGAGAACUAAAAGUUAAAUGGGAUGAAAUUAUGGCCAAAGAAAAUGAAGAACCAGAGGUUCACCCAAUUGAGUAUGAUGUCUAUCUUUCAUACAACAAUGCAGACCAGCAACUGGCAAAUGUAGUUACUGAAAGCCUUAAAGAAACCAACAACUCCAUUAGAAUUUUUACCAAGCAUCAGACUCUCAAUCAAAAUGUUUCAUGGCAAGAAGAAAUUUACAAGGUCAUGGUGGCAAGUGCACGUGUGAUAACAAUAUUGAGUCCAAGAUUCUUAGAUGAUGAAGCCUGCCUAGAACAAUAUAACAUUGCUCUUUGCUGCACCAGAAAUAUGAAGAGAGAUUACUUAGCACCCUUCUACACUGAUUCAAUUGAUGACAUGCCAACAUACAUGUGUCUUAUACAAUAUGUAGACUGCAGACCUGCGGAUUACGAUAAAAUUUCGCAAGCUUGCAAGUCCGUCACAGAUUGGCUGCAAAUGCAUUUGGCAGAGAUAAAACAUUUGGAAUCAGAAACCCAAACUCUAAAAGUGGCGAAACCUUCUGUAAGAAAUGAAUAUGAUGUCUUUAUCUCCUAUUCCCACCAAAACUCAGACGUAGCCCAUGUAAUUCAACGCCAUCUGUCCCUGUUUUAUCCAGACUGGAACAUAUUCAUUGACAUAGCAGAAUUGCAAACGGGCGUUGCUUGGCAAGUGAAACUGUUCAAAAGUAUUGAGGCAUCUCGUUAUGUGAUUACGCUGCUGGCUCCUCCAUACUUGCAGUCAAAAGUUUGUCAAGAAGAAUACAACCUUGCGUCAGCAUUGCACUCAGACCCGGCCUACAGCACUAAAUUGAUUCCCAUUCUAGUGGAACCAGUUGAACGACUUCCAGUAUGGUGUAGCAACUAUACCCCUAUUGAUUGCAAAAACAUGUCAGACAGAGCACUUAUGGAGAUAAUCCAAAAGCUCCACUUGUUUGAAAAGCUUGAUCUUUUAGAAGAUCGCAGGAUGUCAUCAGUUGAGCAAAUAACAUCAGACUGGCGGAUAGAGCAUACAUUACGUGGAUUGCAGUUCUUUGACGGUCUAGAUACUCGAGAUGUAUUCGACUUUACCGGAAGCGAGUUGUGGAGAACUGGACAGUCAAAUAGCACUGAUAUUAUGUUGUGCUACCACGAUUUGGAUGCGUCACAUGGCGAGUUUUUAGCAGAGCGUUUGCAGCAUUACCUUCCUGGGGUCAAUCUCUCGAUACCAGAGAAAUCUAAGGUUCGACACAACUUGCUUGACGAUGCAACUCUAAUCGUCCCACUGAUGUCAGGAUGCUUUGUUAAAUCUGCAGAACUCUCAGAAGAACUCAACACUGCUCUCUGCAGGCAACGUUUUUCCAACAGACUGGUUCUCUUUCCUAUAGGUUUGGAACCACUUCCGUUGACUCCGGCCUACUCUCGAUUGAUAUGGUCAGUUGUUUCUUGUAAUGACAGAAUAUGGAAGAAUCCUGGACUUUUUCGCCCGGAAAAAGAUUUUAAAGUGGCCUAUGCGGGAAAUAAAUUCUGUUUAGACUUUUCAGCUCGUUUUAUCGCCUUCAUCCUUACACACCCAGUACUUUUUCAAGGCUCUUUUAAAACACUUAUUAGCACUGAGGAGCUUCUUGACUCAACUUUGACUUUCAGAGCAAACCGACAGGUUGACCCAGCGAGUAACAAUCCUCUCUAUUUCGAUAAAGCAAGAGCUGGACAUAUGGUUUCAGAGGAAAUUUUGACGCCAAAAAAACUCUGUCAUGUAAACAGCGUAGAAGAGUUUUCAAGCACCCUCAAGGACGAUGAUACACAAAAAGAGAAAACGCUUCCGAAUUUCCCGCAACAAGAUUCAAGCUCUAUAAAACCAUCUCUUGCAAACUCUGGUAUAAGCUGCAUUUCACCAGCUGCUGACCCACCAAAGAGUCCAACAAAACUUCCGAAACAAGCCUCUGAAAAUGAAGACGCUCCUGACCUCUCUACUGACGAAAGUGGUAGCACCAAUGAAGACGUACAAAAGGUACGAAAAGAGGUCCCAGCCCCAUUAGAUUGCAGAGCACCUUUGCCGGAAAGCGAAUUGAAACCAGAUGAGCCCAAAGGAGAUGAAAGAGGUAAGAAAGAUAUAGGUUUAUUAAAACAACAACGCGACAAGCAUCUGAAAAGCAAGUUGUGCUCUAUGUCAUAAGCAUUGAGCCAGGUAUCGUGAAGCCGUACAGAUGUCUUACGAACCGAAAGAGUGUGCAUCUAAAAUUCCUCACAGGAAAUCUAUGUAUUUCUCUUUGAAAAUGGUGAAGAAUUGGAUUAGAGAAGAUUGAAGAAUCUACAGGAUCAGUUAUCAGCUCCACACUAUUUCCACUUCCCUUUUCCUAGUGAGAAUGAUUUUUUAUACAUGUUGCACUUCGUUACUACUGCGGCGCACAUUUGCCUUCUCGAUGUCUCUUUUUUAAUGUCUCCUUCCGUUUAUUUCAAUUUAGUCUGCCUUUUAUAUUAGCCCCACAAAGAAAGGAUAAUUGACAUUUCCAAAGUCUGUUUGAUAUAUAACGCAGAAUUUUUUUUCGUUUAAUGACAAAACCAUUUAUUUGCUUGCACAUUCAUCACAAACAUGUAAAUGCUACAUUAAUACAUAUUUUGACCAUCAUUCUUUUGUUAAAAACAUUUUGCAAUCUUAAAGCUGUUGAAUUAAAAAUUUUAAAUAGGAUUUUAGUUUUCAGAAAUGAGGCAGUUAAAUUUGUUACUGAUCAUGGCGUUUAAUCUUACAUGACAGUUGUAGCUAGACAUCUGUUUAAACAUAAGAUAUGGCUCAUAUAAAUCGUUGAUAACGUUAAAUAUUUAACAUUGGUUGUUUUCUUUUAAAGGUGUUGCAUAAAAUACGGUAGCAUAAUAGCUAAUCAAUUCUGUUGAAAAUUUUAAUCAGUGUUUUCAGCUGAUUAAAAUGUAAAAAAAUUAGCCAGAGCCAAAAAUGUGCACUAACAUUUGAUGAUGAACAUAUUGCAUAUCAAAGUAACAUUGAGCAAAUAUUUAACAUUGGUUGUUUUCUUUUAAAGGUGUUGCAUAAAAUACGGUAGCAUAAUAGCUAAUCAAUUCUGUUGAAAAUUUUAAUCAGUGUUUUCAGCUGAUUAAAAUGUAAAAAAAUUAGCCAGAGCCAAAAAUGUGCACUAACAUUUGAUGAUGAACAUAUUGCAUAUCAAAGUAACAUUGAGCAAAGCUCGUAUUAAAGAAAGAAGAUGUAAAUAAGUUUUGAUUUUUCUCCAUUCAUAACAUUUUGUCUGAGGAUAAUUUUCCACGCUGAAUGAAGAACCAUAUGGGCUUGAAAAUGCUCAGAGAAUAUGAGUGGCAUUUGUAUUUAAUAUGCUUGGCUUAUCAAAGCGUAACCUCUAUUUCGUAGUGGAUAAAUGCCACUUAAGGGCCUUGAUUUCAGUUCAGUUUGAUAUUCAAGCAAACAUGUCCAUGAUCCUGAACGAUUUUUUUUGAUGGGAAGCUCUUUGUUCUAUGAGACCUCUAUGUCCAGGGUUGGAUACCAAAAUGUUUGCAGAUUGCAAUGGUAGUCUAAUUUUACCAUGCGGUAAAUCAUUGGACUUGUUAAAUCCGACUUUUGGUAUUAAAACUGAAAGCAUCUAUACCAAAUUUUUUCCGAGUUAUGAAAUAUCCGACUUAUGCGUUCAACUCUAUUUAAAUCAAGCUCGAUCAAGGUAAUGUUACUAAAGAUAAACAAUAAACUAAUUGUAACAAAUCCUAUAAAGUACUUACCACAGAGAUUUCAAACUUACAAAGUAAACUGCAUAACAGGAUAUUACUAAAUGGUUGAAACUGACUUCUCAAAGUACAGGGUUUGUCGAUUUGAGUAAUUUUGCUUUAAAUUGUUUAUUGUGAUAAUCAAUAUUCUACGAAUAUUUGUCUUGUUGCUUUAUUCAAUACGCAUACACAUUUUAACUUUUUGAAAGUUAAAGCAAGACUCUGACUUUGAUCCUAUAUUAGAAAAGAUACGCUCCCAUUGAGGAACAUCUUUUGUUGACAAAGGAGUUUCUAGGACACUCCUAAGGGAGACUGGGCAGAUAAUUUGAAAGUUUAUGGCCAUUUUAUUAACCAAACUGUCAUUUUAGUUAAUUAGUAUUUUAUUUGCUUUUUGGUACAAGGAUUUAUCGCCAGCAGUCUAUUGUAGUGAUUUAAGUAACGUGUUAAGUUGUGUGCUUUAUCACAUUUUUUCCUGACGAUGUAAAUAACAAGAAAUUUGACAGCGAAAGAAGUGCAAGUUUCAACCUACCAGUUGAAUAUCUAUUGAAAUACUAAUACAGUUUUGCAUUAUACUAACAAUACUAAUACUGCAUUAUCCCGUAAUACUUGGAGAAUCUCAAGGUAGGAUAAGAGAGUAAGUAUUAAUGUGAGAUCACGUGUUUCACACUGCGCUAAUUAACGCACACAAAAGAUAGUAGUUUUCCAAUUUGCAUAAAUUUAUGUUCCCUGAAAUGUCCAAUCUCAUGAAAUCUAUACCCGCUCAAAUUUAACGUAAUAAAGUUUAUUCUCGAUUUUUCACGAAUAAACGAUUUAGAAGAUAACCGACGUGUGUAUUAUUCGUUGUAAACAGUGUAGUUCAAUGAAUGUUUGCAACGGAGAAAGACAAGAAGUGGUAGCUGUGGAUUGACCUCAGAAGAAGCAUGAUGAAUUUCGUCACUAGAUGUCAGAAAAACGUUAGAAUGCUUUGUACCUAGACAUGGUAGAGCCCAUUUUACCAGUAAAUCGUCCGUUUGCGAAUUUAUAUGGCCAAUACUAAUAUUAGAGUGCAUUGUUAAAUCAUUAUAUUCUAGUCAAGCUGCAUUUUAACUAUCGCUGGAAACAGAUACAGUAUUGAAUCAUAUUUCUUAAUCCGUAGAAGAUCGUGUAUCUUACGUUGGGCUCAAGUUGUCAGUAGAUGUGUGUCACUCUGCCUUUGAGAUAGAAGCUAUAUAUUGUUAUUAGGAUUAUCACUUCAUGCUUGAUCAAAGUCCAUUCUUUGCCUUCCAGCAUGACAUAGUCACGAGACCGGUGGUAAAACUGGAAGAAAGAUGUUGAUAUACAAAUUUUUAUAUAAGAAUAUACUUUUUAUGAACACCGAGGCUCGACUUGCCAAAAAUUAGACCAAUUUGAGAACAAACCCAGCCUUAGAUGAAAAAUAAGAAGAAAAAACGAUGUGUUUUUGAAAAUUUAAUCUUCUGUUAAUAGUACAGGAUAUAUUUUGUCAGCUGAUUACCCGUGCUACUAAAAAUACCUUGUAAAACUGUUAUUAGGUUUUCUUAGAAACAAUUUUUGAAAUGUAGUUGUGGAAGUAUUGAUGCAAAAUAAAAGCAACAUGAACGACACCGGAGCCUCGAAUUAUUCAUGAAAAAACAAGACUGAUCUUUGCCAACAAAUCAUUUGAUUCUUAUAUAAAAAUAGAGUGUAGACUGCUCCUUCCCCUGAAUAGAAAAGUUUAUUUGUAAUCUAAUUUCUAGUGCGUAUAUUCCUUUAAACUAGAACUGGUCUUUUUGCACUGUGGCUGGUGGACAAAUUUUAAGCUUCAUUGACAUUCCUUAAACCAUGCAGCUUUUGCUCUUAUUUUUUGGUUGUUGUACUUGUUGUCUAGAUAUUUGUGUAGAAUGAGGAUCGAGUUCUACCUGUGAUUUAAAAAUGAUUUCAAAAAUAUUCAACUUGGUUUAUUAUUCUAAUGAAAUUAUUGUUCAUUUGCUCUUAACUAUUUAUCGAUAAGAGAACAGAUAUGAGAGAUUUCUCUCUCAAUAUUUACAGUAUUUAUUGUUCUAGAUAUAAAAAAAACACAUUUCUGAAAAUAGUUAUCGUUAUUUGAAUAAUGCCUAUUCAUGGAUAAAAUUCUGAAAGCAACAGAUGUUUAAAUUCGCUACUGCGAACCCCGCUUAUGUCGAACUUCUCGCUUUUACAAAAUAAACGAACUUACAGU